CAGUCUCUCGGCGAUGCUUAUCCGACUCCACGCAAGAGAUUGAUCAACGAUCACCAGGACUGAUCAGCCGCCAGCAGAGAUCCCGCAGUGCAGCGGAGAAACCAGACCAGUGUGCCCCCCUCUCCGAGCUCCAGGAAGAAGACGCCAAAAUGUCACAGAGGAGAGGUCAGAAGAAGUCCAUCUUUCUGUCCUUAAUAUUAGUGUGUUGUAUGUUUGCUAGUGCCGAAUAUUCCAGCUGUGGAGAGUACGAAUUCUUUAACCAGACCACCAACUGCUGCCAGGCCUGCCCUCAGUGCCAGCCAGGACAAGAGCCGCACAUGACCUGCGGCUACGGUGUGAAGGAUGAGGACUUUGCCUGCGUGCCGUGUCCACAGGGGAAAUAUUCCAAAGGGAAGUAUGAGAUCUGCAGACGGCAUAAAGACUGUGAUGCCCUCUACAAAGCCACUGUUCGCGUGGCGGGAACCCCGGACAGCGACGCAGAGUGUGGACCCUGUUUGCCAGGGUAUUACAUGCUGGAAAACAGACCCAGGAACCUCUAUGGGAUGGUUUGCCACUCCUGCCAGAACGCACCGCCUAACACCAAAAAAUGUAUGCCAAGCAACGGGCCAAAAGACAAACCUCUAAUUGACCCCGGGAGCACGACUGUGUUCCCUCAUCCACAUAAAGAUACCACUGGACAAGGUCACCUAGCAACGGCACUCAUUAUUGCCAUGUCAACCAUUUUCAUUAUGGCCAUCGCCAUCGUCCUCAUCAUCAUGUUUUACAUCUUGAAGGCCAAACCGAGUGGCCAGGCAUGUUGUUCCGGACAAGUAGUGAAAGCAGUGGAAGCUCAGACCAACAAACAGGAAGACAAGAAAGAUGUCCCUGACAAUGUGGUGAUCUACUCAGAGAAAGAGGAGUUCGACAAACUGAAAGCUCCUCCUCAGAAGACGGUGAAAAGUGAAAAUGACGCAUCAUCAGAGAACGAGCAGCUGUUGAGCCGCAGCAUUGACAGCGACGAGGAGGCGGCGUCUGAGAAGCAAGGAUCCGCAGACACCAACAACCCCAACCUGUGUCUCGUCAACCUGGGAAACAAGCCCGACCUGUGCCUGCUCUCUCUGAGCCUCUUGGACCGCGAGCGAGCCUGUGACGGGACACCCACCGCUGCAGCCGGCGAGGCCAAUAACAUCCCGAGUCCCAACCACAUCGGCAAUGUCAACCACAUCGCCAGCACCAACCACAUCAGUAGUGUGAACGCAAUCAACAACAACAAUAAAACCCCAGGGAUGCUACAGAGUCGAAGGAAAAAGAUCCUGGAUCUGUACGCCAGAGCCUGCAAUGUGACAGAGGGCCUGAGCCCCACGGAGCUUCCCUUUGACUGCCUGGAGAAAGCCAGCCGCAUGCUGAGCUCCUCCUACAGCAGCGAGGCGGCCGUGGUGAAGACGUGGAGGCAUCUGGCCGAGAGCUUCGGGCUGAAGCGCGAUGAGAUCGGCGGCAUGAGCGACGGCCUGCAGCUCUUUGAGAGGGUGAGCACGGCGGGCUACAGCAUCCCCGACCUCCUGACCCGCCUGGUACAGAUCGAGAGGCUGGACGCCGUAGAGUCGCUCUGCUCGGACGUUCUGGGCACCAGCGAGAUGGCGGCAGCUGCCGGACGGCAGGGCAUCAGCAGUUUUCACAGCCAGUUGGUCUGCCCAUCCCCCUGCACAUCCCCAUCCCAGCGCUGCGCCAGCGUCUAAAUAUGUGGUGGAGCAGAGACUGGGAUGCCUUACAGUAUACCCAUAUGUAGGGACAGAUACUGCUCUGACAAGGAGGACGCACAUACACAGUAUACACCCCCCCCCCAUCACAUGAAGAAUGUCAGUGGACCUCCCUGAGCACAGUCCUUUUUUCGACUAUGGGUUUUUUUUCUCUCAAGAAGCUAGCCUGAAAUACUUUGUGUGGCCUUCAUCUUCUGCCUCUCUGAAUGGCUGCAGAGUUUGAGAAGGACAAAAAUCAGAGAUCAAGAUCAUUCUCUCAUUUGCAAGUUCAUUUAUUUCCUCCCCUGCACGAAUAACCAGAAUUAGCUUCUAUCCUUUCCUUUCACUGAGGAACUUUAGCAAAAAAUUGCUAGAUUUACUGUACGCUGGACGUAACAAGGUAACAGCUUUUAACCUUUUUUCCCCCAAAAAGUUUUGAUACAAAAUUUUGUAUGCAGUUUAAAAAAAGCACAUAAAAAGAUGCAAUGGUGUGCUGAUGGAGAAGAUCACUGAGCAGAUCCACUGCAGCAGUGCUCGUUAAGUGCCUUUCUUGUGGGCACACCGGUGUAGCAUUGCAUUGUAAGUGGGAGGAACAAGGAUGCCUUCUUAGUUGUCCUCUCACUGAACCUUCUGAUCCGGACCAAAACCUUCUGGGUUUUAAUCCAACAGCUGACGCAACCCGACUUUGUGUCCGUAUAAAGACGGCGAUCCGGUUUGACCGCAGCAUCAGUUAACAUUCAGAACUUUGCCUGUGCUGUCAUUAGACAGGAAAGACAGCAGAUAUGAGCUUCCUAUUUUUAAAAUGCAAUCAUUAUGCCCAGCUGGAAAUGCUAAAACUUCAUUCAGAUCCGCUUUCAUCUGGUUAACUUUGCUUGGGAAUUAGGGGACAACCCCCCAUGUGUCACCAGCGUACACACAACUGCAGUCAACAUUGCUGAACUUUCCAUUUUUAAAAGUUACCCAAAGACAUUAUGGUGGUCUUUUUAAAACGUAAUUUUUAUGUCAAUUCCGGGUUGAUUCUGCAACACAGACUGAGCUCUGUUAACUGAUCACCACAUGUGUGUUGGUAUGGAAACUGAUCACGAACAGAUAAAGUUUACAGAAAAGUUCAACCAGUCAUUUAUAUUAAAAAAAAACCCAAACACAUUGAAGCAUUUUAGGUGGUGUGUUUAGUGUUAAUCCCAUACGACACUCUGCUGCUCAUGGUCUGCCUAAACGCACAUGUAAAUCCACUUUCCCCAACUUAAACACACACACAGACAGACCAACGCACUCUCGUACUGCAACUACUUCCUCAGCAGUGACCCUGUCUAUGACCCACCCGCCUCAUAACUCUUCCUCUCCCCGUUUUUUCCCCUUUUACCCCGAUGCUGCGGUCUAGCGCUGCCGCCAGCCCUAAUUAUUUGGCGUGUGGCUCCCCGGGCCCCUAAUAGGCUGAAGUGUUGCGGUUUACAGAGCGGGUGCAAAGUGCCUGUGAUUUCCAGCACCCAAUUAAGCAUUUAGGGCCACUUAACCGCUGAAAGCCCAGUGGAAAAGUUGUAAAACCCUGCAUUAAAAAGAAAGAUGCCACGGUAGAGGCAUGACUAACUGCCCCCGGGGUUGCUGCGCUGUGAACGGUGCGAGAAUGCAGCCGGUCGUGGUGGAAGCGGCGCUACGGUCGUCCUGUAACGUCUGACCUUACUCAGCUUUUGUGGUCGGCUCAGUCAUGCUCAGACAGGAUUUAAGCUCCCCUCUCCCCUAUGGGACCAAUAUGGCAAAUGAGAACAAUAUGCAGUUGUGUGGGUUGUCCUCUUCUGACAAGCAGCUGAAGCUGGUUAAGUGCAGUACGUACAGAGACUGAGGGUGGCUCUGAUAAGCAUCAAGUUAAACCUUGUGACGAGCCUCGUGUUGACGCUCAUCGUCGCUCCAUUAAUAGAUGACGUUAGCAGAUAAGAUGCUGUCGGUCAGCAUCCAGCAGUGAGCUCCACAGGCCAACUUUAACAAACAAUGCCAAGACUUACUUUGAUCUCAUUUCUUGGGAAUAAGCUGAUCUUUAUCUGAUGCCUGAUGCUGUCAGCACACUGUCCCGCGUCCGCUCUGCACAAAAUCAAACACAAGACCUGCUGCUGAGCUCUUUUUCGAAUGCUUCUUUUGUUCAGAUUUUAUGGUGCAAACUCUGGGGCUGGACUCCAGUACUUUAACUUAAUUAAUGUGCAUGUUUAUCAAGCAUGUAUUCAUAAUUUCCUUUUCUUUAACAUCACCUGUCUAGUCAAAAAAAACCCUCACAUUUAAAUACACUGCCUUUUAAGGCAGGGUCGUCUUCAUCAUAUCCAAUCCAAGUCAAAACAGGCCUAACUAGUUAUGUUUAUGAUGUUUUAUGCUGUUGAACUUUUGUACAUAAUCUAACUGGUGGACUGAGCUGAAAUGAAAUGGACUCAAGCCCUGUUUUCAGACAGGCAAAAUCUUGUCUGACAUAUAUUAUGCUGAUAGGAUAAUACACAGAAGCCAAACAUGAAUUACUUACCUCAGGAGCACACAGAGUAUAGCAGAACAUGUAGAAACACACACACACUCAUCACCAAACCAAAGUAUAACUGUAUAUAUAACUUAUUAUUGUACAUAAUG